CAACAGUAAGAUUCUCUUUAAUCAGCACAAACACUUUCCUAAUGCUAUAGUCUUCCUUAACUAUACAAAUCUUGGUACAGAAUAUCAAUCUCAACACCUUCAAGCAAUUUAGUCUCAUAUGGCCAUUUCAUUAGCAAAAAAUUGGACAUCAACUCUGUCCAUCUUAACAAUUUUUCUUAUACUUCAAUUUCUGAUCAUCACAGAAGCUCAAUCAAGAAUCUGCAGAAAUUCUUGUGGUGAUAUCCCAAUUCAGUACCCUUUUGGCAUUGAUGAUGGCUGUGGCAGUCCAUACUAUAGGCAUAUUCUUGUUUGUACAGGUGGUCAACUUCAACUUAGAACUCCUUCUGGUAGAUAUCCUGUUAGGAAUUUAAGCUAUAGUGAUCCACAUAUUCUUGUAACUGACCCCUUAAUGUGGAAUUGCCUAGACGGUGACAAUUUUCGACCAACUAGGCCAUUUAGUCUAGAUACUAGCACACAUUUCACUUUAUCUCCUGAAAAUGACUACUUGUUCUUCAACUGUAGUGAAAGUGAUGUGAUAGUUGAGCCAAAACCAAUGUUCUGCGAGCGUUUUCCUGAUCAGUGUGAUUCAACGUGUGAUAGUUCGAGUUAUCUUUGUAGGCACAUGCCUGAAUGUCCUUCUGCAUUGAGGAGUAGCUCUUGUUGUUCUUACUAUCCCAAAGCUACUGAAUCUUUGAGGCUAAUGUUGAAGCAUUGUGCUAGCUAUACUAGUGUGUAUUGGAGGAAUCUUGGUUCAACGCCCGCGUUUGAUCAGGCCCCUGAGUAUGGAAUUAGAGUUGAUUUUGAUAUUCCAGUGACUACGCGAUGCCUGCAGUGUCAAGAUACUGCUAAGGGAGGGGGAACUUGUGGCUUUGAUACAGAAACACAGGAUUUUAUGUGCUUGUGUGACAAAGGGAACAGUACCACCUACUGUAAUGAUCGCACGAGCUCUCACAGAAGAGGAGUUGUUGCAGGAACAGCAACUGCAGUUUCAGUUGCAGGGGCAUUUGGAAUAGGAGCUGGUGUAUGGUACUUGAAGAAACUCAGAGCCAAAGCACCAGUAACUCAUGGCGUUCAAACCAAUGAGAAUAGACUUUUCUGAGAGCAUCUUUUGAAGUAAAAAAGAAAUUGCUGUAUUUCUUCUUUUCUUUACCAUUUUUCAAGUUUUUUUUUUUCCUUCUCUCUUUUAAUUUUCUUAUAUAGCAUAAUCUUGCACUUUAACUGGUUCUGUUUGUAAGUUAAAGGAACCAACUUUUUGGUCUUGCAUGUUUGGCAUUGCUUGUAUGUGGAGUAAGGAAUGUCUUCGGGAAAACUCUGCUGCUCUGCA